UGGUAACGCGGAGACCGCUGGGAGGCCCGGGUGAAGCCGCGAGGUGACAGCGGUGGAUAAUGGCGGAGGCAGCAGCGGCGGCCAUGGGGACGGCGGCGGCAGGAACAGGAGCGGCUGCAGCACCAGUCGCAGGUGGAGGUGGCGGAGGAGUUGGUUGGACUAAACAGGUGACGUGCAGGUAUUUCAUGCAUGGAGUUUGUAAAGAAGGAAACAACUGCCGUUAUUUCCAUGAUCUUUCAGCCAGCAAGCCUUCACUAAUUUGCAAGUACUUUCAGAGAGGAUGUUGCAGCUAUGGAGAUCGCUGCAGGUAUGACCAUGUGAAGCCGUCAAAGCAAGGAUUGUCGGAGUUUCAGAGUGGUCCUACACCACUGGCCCCGAAGGAUUCUGCCACAGCAUCAGCUACAAAACUUACUCCACUUACCAAAUUAAAUGGUGAAAUGAGCACAAAAACAGCAGUGAUUGAGGAAUCCAAACCUUCAAGAACAAGCUCAAAUCUGGAGGACUGGGUUAAUGCAGCAGAGUUUAUACCUGGACAGCCAUACUGUGGACGAACUGUACCAACUUACCAGGAAGCAAGAAUGGAAAAGUUAAUAAUAGAAGAGAGCUUUGAGGCCACACAGACUGUUGAAGAAGUUAAGAAACAAAUGUGUCCAUAUGCUGCUUUGGGAGAGUGUCGAUAUGGUGUGAAUUGCGUUUACCUCCAUGGAGAUGUAUGCGAUAUGUGUGGCCUGCAGGUUCUUCACCCAACUGAUGCCUCUCAAAGAUCAGACCACAUAAAGGCUUGUAUUGAGGCCCAUGAGAAGGACAUGGAACUAUCUUUUGCCAUUCAACGCAGCAAGGACAUUAUAUGUGGCAUCUGCAUGGAAGUAAUAUACGAGAAAACAAAUGCAAGUGAGCGGCGUUUUGGAAUCAUGUCCAACUGCAGUCAUACCUACUGUCUCAAUUGUAUUCGAAAAUGGAGGAGUGCUAAACAAUUUGAAAAUAAAAUUGUAAAAUCCUGUCCGGAAUGUCGAAUUACAUCAAAUUUUGUCAUUCCUAGUGAAUAUUGGGUGGAAGACAAGGAAGAAAAACAAAAACUUAUCAAGAAGUAUAAAGAGGCAAUGAGCAAUAAAGCAUGUCGAUAUUUUGAUCAGGGACGUGGGACUUGUCCCUUUGGGGUGAACUGUUUCUACAAGCAUGCAUACCCUGAUGGCCGCUUGGAAGAGCCUCAACCACAAAGGAAGCCAAUUGGAUCAAUGGGUAGAUAUCGGAACCAGCGGAGGGCACAUUUCUGGGAUUUCAUUGAAGAGAGAGCAAGCGCUGAUUCCUAUGAAGAUGAUGAAAUGGUCACCUUUGAGCUUGGUGAAGUGCUACUAAUGCUUUUAGCAGAUGGCCCUGAUGAUGACUUUUCAGAUUCUGGUGAUGAGUGGGACUUGUUCCAUGAUGAAAUGGAUGUUGAUUAUUAUGAAUUUGACCUAUAGCACCCAAUGUUGAUUUUGGACUGUCUGUUCUUUGUUUUUUUAGACAGUAGCUUUUCCUGUGUUGUGGCAGUGCCAUAUUGUCUUAGGCAGGCCAAGCACUCUGGGUGCAGUUUCACUUUGGACGUUUGUGCGGAGUUCUUUGUCAGUAGUACAUCAAAAAAGAAACUUGUUCUUUGUAAGUUAAAUUAACUUGCUUUGCUCAAGGUGAUAAGCUGUAAGAUAAAUAUAGCAACUAACUAUAUUUAUUCAUGUGGAAAUAGAGAUGGGUUUAGGUACCUGACCUAACAUUGGGUAUCUGUCCUUGAUGGUUCUGAAAGUGAUAUUAACACUUACAAAACCCUGAGAUCAGCAAAGGACCACGUAGACCUUAAUUCAUCUGAUAGCUUGUGUUAUUCCAUAUGACACGCUAUCCACGUUCUGCAUUUGUUUUUAAAGAGGGUGUCCUGCAGCAGUGGCCUUUAAGAGUCUGGGUAUAAAGUAAUUAUGAUUAACAACCAUUGUCUUUUCCUGUCUUUCUAUUUUUUUUAAUUUUAUAUAGUAUGCUAAUAGAGCUCAGGAACCUUGCUAAGAGCUACUGAGUAGAAAGUGAGGGAGCUGAACCAAUACACCACUGAAGUAAGGAGCUGGCUUCAUUUCUGGACUUUUGCUCCCACGUACUGUAUGGUUGAACAACUCCCUCUUGAACAUAUGUCAUCAAUCAGCACUCAGUUUAUACAAAAAUAUUUUUUAAAGAAACUCUAAUAGAUCAGAAAGAAGAGGAUGUUAAUCAGAAUUAUUCUGUGGUUUAGUCUCAAAGAAGGAAUCCACUGUUAAGAUUCCACUUUAUGUAUACAAUUCAGAAAGGUUGUUUGCCAUGAUAAAAUGAAUUGAUGGCAUUUUAAAAAUAUAACAAAACUUGAUAUAGUACUACCAGAUUCUACAAAAAUGUGAGGUUAGCUAUUCCAUAUAAUGUUUUUUUAUUUAUUAACUAUUGGCUAUUCUGACUGACAUUUCCAUGUUAGUUGUCUUAUUUAAAUUCUAAUCUAGAUUAAAAAUAAUAAUUAUAGAAUUACUGAAGUCAUCAUAUUUAUCCCUGUGUUUUGUAAAAUGCCGUCUCAUUUUGUAACUUAUCACAAGUUAUAUCUGACUGAAUUCACUUCAGAUUCCAUUUUGAUUCUUAAAAUAUAGAAUGUUCUUGGUGAAACUGAUUUGAUCUGCUGUUUGAGAAUGAUAAGAAUGAGUAUUUCAUAAUUCAUCAAUUUCAGGCUAAAUGUGUAAAUUUCCAGAUUCAGGCAGAUGAACAUCCACUAUUCACUCCUUUUAUAAAUGCUCACAUGUUAACUAAUUGAUGGAUGGGUUGAAAAUGCUGAGAGUCAGUGAAUGAGAUUCAGUCAAAAGUACCUAUUUCUACCACCUUGUAUAAAUAUAUUGAAAUUCCACAUCCUCGGUCUCUGGCUUCAUGGUAUCUGCACAAUAUGAACUCAUUUGCAGACUGAAAAUUAGCAUCCAUGUUUCUAUUAUCCUUUAGAGGAUAUUAGGAUUCUGUGAUUAUUUUUAAUGAAAGCAUGAGAAGCUGAGUUUUGUGGCAUGACUUGGAUAUGUAAUAAUGCAAAUUAGCCCCUUUCCCUUUUUGUGGAACUGCACGAGAGGUCUGAUUUUGUGAAGAGGUUUUGCUGUUGUGAGCCUAUUCAUCUUGGCAAUGAAAGUGGAAGUAAAUGUAGAUUGCCAAAGCUGUUUGAGAUCAGUUACCCAUACCUCUGGAAAUGCAGCUGGAACAGAUGCCCUUUAAAAUGUCAUAAUAUGAGUUAAAAAAAAACAGCAUUUUUCUAAAUAAAUAUCUUUUGCUCUAAGCCUUGUUGUUUGUCUCCUCUAUCCCUGGAUUUAAGAGGAAAAAUAUGUUCUCUUCAUGAGAAUUGCGGCUGAGAGCCUAAUGGAGGAGCAGCAUAUGCCUUGAAGAUGGUGAAAAGUCGUUGGAGAGGCAAGAAGCAAAUUAUUUUUCCACAGAAUACACAACCUCAUAGAUCUUUGUGGCUGAUUCAGUUAAAUUUCUGGCCACUGAAUGUUAGUAAUGGGAACUUUAGGCAUAAAGGGUCAUACACACCAAGUCUGCAUUUACGAUCAACAACCCACUUACUCGCAUCUUAAUUUAUUCACCAUACACAAAGUUCAAAUUUACGGUGGCCAAUUCAUCCCACAGAGGACGGCAUCUGAAAUCAAGAUUUGACUGUGAGGCAGUAGCUCUACUAGCUUUUACAAUGUUAUUACUAUUUUAAUAAUGUAGUAAUAUUUUAUUUCACAAGGAUAUUGUUUGAUACUCCUGUCUUCCUGUGAUAAGAUCACUAAUGUCCACCAACCAUGGCUGUCAGUUUCAACAUUGACUUGUACCUGUGGAAAAUUGCCUAGAUAUAUACUCAGAAAAUAAUAAGAAUAAAUUCAGUCUCAUGAAUUACUGUUCCAUCUGACAUCAGCAAUGUGAUGGAAUGUGUUGUAACAGUGCUAUCAGAAAGCAUUCGCUAAUAACUUGUUCAUCACCAUUUGCUUUGAGUUUGUCAGGACCAUUUGGCCUAAGAUGUUAUUUAGCCUUCAUGCAACUUUGGAGGUGAAAUGAGAGUGAAAACACUUAAUAAAG